AUGCCAUUCGGACUACUCACAGGCAACUCCAGUAACCAACUGCGUUUAUUUCCAAACAACAUCAACAGGGCGACGCGGGCCCGGAUCGAUAGCUUCAAGCGUAUAUGCAGAUCCUCACUAUCCACUCUUCAACCAAGGAUAAUUUAUCCGCAUGCAUUUUCAUGGACAAAUAUCGCAUACCAGAAUAGACCAUUACGCAAUUUAUUAUCAAGCACGGCUCAAAAAUCACAGCAACUUAGGGAAUAUGUUAAUGCUAAAGACACAAGAAGAGGCUCCAAGCCUGUGUGGUCUGAAGAAGAUGAUUUAAAGCUCAUCGACGCAGUCGAUAGAUUAGGGAAGAAAUGGAAAAAGAUUGCAGAGACAUACUUUCCCGACAAAUCACCGUCUUCAUUGAAUGCCCAUUAUAUCAUCAUGCAAACAAGAGCAAAGAAGAAGGUAUUGUGCAAACGCUGGACACCAGAAGAAGAUCAAAUACUCAGGGAUGGCGUACAGAAAUAUGGUCCCGGAAAGUGGAGAUACUUUCAUUCACUACUACCGGACCGGACUGUUCGAGAUAUUGGUCAUCGGUGGACCAAGCUGCAAGCACAAAAGGAAGGUACAUGGAUUGGUGAAGAAGACAAGUUUUUAAUCCGUCUUGUGCAAACACAUGGGACAAAAUGGUCAGAAAUUGCCAAGAAAAUGAAUAGGACCCCAACGUCUGUGCGUUACCGUUAUUUUGUAGGGUUGUUUAACAAACUACACCCAUGGACUCAAGAAGAAAACGAAAAGCUGAAACAGAUUGUACUGAACACUGGUACCAAUUGGCAUGAAAUAGCCAAACUUUUUCCCAAAAGGAAUGUAGACAAUAUACGGGAUCAUUAUGCAAAUACAGCAUCAGUCAAUCCGUUUAUCAACAAGGGUAAAUGGAAUGAAGAGGAAAAACGGGGAUUUGAUAUAGCAAUAGCUAAAUAUGGAAUUCAGUGGGCUCUCAUUGCCAAAGACAUUGGAACCAGAACUCGUCUUCAAUGUUACUACUAUUGGAGAACUGGACAAAAGAGACAGCAGAGAAAUCAGCAGAACUUUAGACAAUGA